UGUCAAAAGCAAAAGGUUAAAGGUUUAGGUUUGCAUUUUGCCAACAUUUUGUAACUUGUAAAUGUUUCUAAUAUAAAAUACAAUUGUGGAUAUCAGAAUUUGAUUGUAGUAUUUAUUAUUAUUCUGUAUUGAAUUGGCUAGUAAGACAUAAUAAAAUCCUUCUAAGCGAAAAUCUGCCAACUUUUAGUUCCUAACCUACAACAAUAAUGAAACGUAAAAUUUCAAGCUUAGACGAAGAAGAAAAAAGAGUGUCAUCACUUCUCUUCAAUAAGUCAAAGAAAUUUACAGAAAAUAUAACGCCUCUAGAGAAUGAUAUUGAUAUUGAUCUAAAACCUGCAUGGGUUGACGAGGAUGACCAACAGUUGACUGCUGCCAUUAUUCCCAAAGUGAAAAGUGAUGGACUCUACACUCAAAAGCUUAAACUGAAAUAUGAAACUUUGAUUGGAACUCCAGGUUGGGCGAAAAUUACAAAAAAGGAUGACAAUACUGACAAAUUAAUGAGAGCAGUUGGUCACUUGCAGAAAACUAAAUCAAGCGGCUUAAAUAAAAAUAAUCUAGUGGUCAAAAAGUGCCCUAGAAUAAAUUACGAGACAGGAAACGAAGGGCCUAUAAUAUCUAAUAUUGAAUUUCACCCAAAAAUUAGUGUUGUUUUAGUUGGGGGUAAAUCUGGCGUUGUUUCGUUAUUUUCAAUAGGUGGUGAUGUGAAUACCAAGCUACACAGCUUUAAGUUGAACAGCAUGGAAGUAGAUGUAGCUCAGUUCAACCCAGAUGGAUCUGAGGUAUACAUUUCUUCGAAAACAUGCCAUAAUUACUGUGUCUACAAUCUUGCUAAAGCUGAUGUGAAAAUGGUACAAUUACCUAAAGCUAUCAAAAGAGCUAAAACUUUCAAAUUGUCUCCAAAUGGUAAACUAUUGGCUACAAGUGACAAGUUUGAUGAAGUAUUCAUAAUUAGUGCUCAGUCCAAAGAGUUAUUGAGAGUACUCAAACUAAAUAGCUAUGUGCGAUCUCUAGCUUUCAGUCAUAAUUCUGAUCAACUGUAUUGUUAUUGUGCUCAAGGUGAAGUCACUGUAUGGGACCUGUCAAUGUACAGAUCUGUCAAAAAGUUUAUAGAUAAUGGAUGUGUGACUGCAACAUGUAUGGCCUUAAGUUCUUGUGGUCAAUUAAUAGCCACUGGCAGUGGAGAAGGUAUAGUCAAUGUGUAUGAAACACAGAACAUCACAACUCGAGAACCACAGCCAUUGAAAACAAUAUCAAACUUAACCACAAGGAUUACAAAUUUAAGAUUCAACUCCUCCACAGAAAUCUUGUCUGUAACGUCAAGUUAUAUUCCAAAUGCAGUAAAACUUGUUCAUAUACCCUCAUAUGAGGUUUUCAAUAAUUUUCCAAAACAGAAUUGUAAUCAAGUCGAGACUGUUAAUUUUUCUCCACACAGUGGUUAUAUGGCUCUGGGUAAUAAUAAGAGCUGUGCCUAUUUGUACAGAUUAAAGCAUUAUAAGAAUUACUAAAAAAGGUUACAAUUUAUAAUGCUGGUUUAUUAUUACUUAAAAUAAUUUGUACGUACAUUAA